GAGACAGCUUCCUCCCUGGCGCUAAGAAGGCUCACGGAGCUGCAGGGAAAUAAUAAACAAAAUGGACUUCAGUUAUUAUUUCUGUGUUAUUGUAGUCAUGGUUGGAUACCACGCCUCGGUGUUGACAAAUAUAGAGACGGAACAGGAGGGAAGUGCCAGCGACUCAGAGGAGACGGAGGAGUAUGAGCCUUGUGGUGACAGUAGAUUUGUGUAUAUCGAUAUAUGUUACUUCUUUGAUAUGUCAGGAAUAGGAAGGACAUGGUAUGAAUCGAGAGACGUCUGUAACAAUAUGAACGCCAGUCUAGUCACUAUCACCUCACGAGACCAAUAUCAUAUGCUCAUUAGAAAUGUAAAGAUGAGGGAUGGAUACUCAGAGUUCUGGAUAGGAUUAAACAAUAUAGAACAAGACGGGUGGAAGUAAGAAUAUAUUCGGUGUUUGACCCUAUAAAGUGUUAUUUUGAGACCUGUACAUCGA